UGUGGUUACAAAGUAAGGAAAAAAAUAGGAAUAAAUAGAGCAAAAUUCUAUAAAACCCCGAUCCCUGGGACUGGGAGGGACGACUGACGAUCUCUUUGCUUCAUGAAAUCCUCUCCUUGACCAAAGGCAAGAACCUUUUCAAUUUCACGUUAUUUAGGGGAAAAAAGACGCAAAAAGUGCAGUAGUUUGGUAAAUCGCAUCGUCGGAGGUGAAUAACAGCGCGUAUAAGUAACUGUGUGCGUGCGCUGGUUUUUGGAGGAAAAGUUUGCAUUUUGGAAUUUAGCGGAUUAGUUUUGGAGGUCUUGAGUUCAACGAUGGAAUUGGAUUGAUCCUCCAUGGCAGUAAAUCUGGUGAACUUUAUGACCACUCGGACAACUCGUUCAAGGAAACCUGAUGUGGUGCAGCAGCCUGAAAAUCAAUUGCGUGCUAAGUGGACAGCUCCAUUGACUAAGACUUUGGUUGAUUUGAUGGUAGACCAGAUUCAAAAGGGGAAUAGAUCAAACAAAUCUUUUAGCAAGAGAGGGUGGAAGUUCAUUUGUGAUAACUUUCGCAUUCAAACAGGUUAUUGGUGGGAUAAUGAUCAACUGAAGAGCCGUUAUGUUGCCUUAAGAAAGCAGUAUAUUAAUGUAUCAUUGCUACUCGAUCAUCCUGAUUUCAAAUGGGAUGAGGCAACUGGUGCAAUCACAUCUACGGAGGAAGCAUGGGACAGAUACAUCAAGGAUCAUCCUGAUGCUGAGACCUUGAAGAGUAUGGGCUGUCCAAUUUUCAACCAGCUGCGGAUGAUAUUUGCAGAAGCAGGGCGACACCAAAAACAGAAUGGAUCAACCAAGGAGAAUGAAACAAUGCCUUGUUCUCCAGGAGAUCAGAUUGUAAAGGUGGAACAACUAUCGCCAUCUGAAUCAGAGAACUAUGCGGAUCCGGCCAGUCGCAAGAGAGGUCGGAAAGGAGUUGAAGAUGCUAUUGCAAGAGGUAUACUGGAGAUGGCCACUGCUACAAGACUCAGGGCAGAAGCUAUAAAGAAUUUCAAUGGAAAAUUCUCCAUAACUGAUUGUGUUAGAGCAUUGGAUCAAUUGCAAGGCGUUGAUGACCAAGUAUAUCAUGCUGCUUUGGAUCUAUUCAACAAUCGUAAUGCAAGGGAGACAUUCUUAACUCUCAGAGUUGAAAAACGAUCAAUCUGGUUGCAAAGGAAGUGUUUCAACUGUACCCUGCCGUAGCCCUAGCAGUUUCUCCUUACGUCCACUUGGGAGAUGGUACUUUGUACAUAUGCUAGACUUAGAAUUUUGGCUCACAUCAACCCAUUCUCUAAUCUCCAUGACUUCUGUACCGAGCUCUCGAAAAUGCAUCACACAUAUGCUGCUCAUGGAUGAAGACUUUGGAGUAUAAAUUUCGAGCGCUUCAUCUUCUCGGCAUGUAGAAGUUAAUGUUAUGCAGUACUUAGGUAGAUAUCAUUAUGAAGCAGCAAGUGUCACAACACCAGCAACAAUAUUCUUACGAACAUGGUUUUCAAAUUUCAGAGCCACUGGAGCAAACUUGACAUCAGGGUUGUUUCUUGGAUCUACUGAGGUACAUUCUUCUGGUCACCUUGAGGAGCUAUGAAGUGUUUGAGCUCUAAGCUAGAAUUAUAUUCUUAUACAGGGAAUGGCAGAGUGUGUUUUGCUGCUUGUUCUCAUAGUCUCUGCUUCUUGCCGUCAGGGGACUGUUUAUUCUUUUCUUAUUAUGUAUAGCUAUUCUUUUA